GAAUCACCAACCAAUAUGAGCGAGCCUGAGACAACCAACUUGGAAGAACGCGGUGGUCAGGCUCAGACUCUGAUUUACUCAGCUUCCUCCCGACUCGGCCGCUUGGCUAUGGCUUCAGUCCACAGCACUAUAGCUCCCCAGAGCUUCGUGUCUCUUUCCAAAGCAAAAUCCAAAUCCACAAAAUCAAUGCCCACGCCGAAUUUUCUGGGCUCAAGGAUUUCCCAGAAUUCAGUUUUCUCGCAAAACAAACGUUCACGAAACUGGGUUGCCGUCAACUCGGCGGUGGAGGAGUUGGACGUGAUACCCGUACAAAGCAGCGACAGUACGGACCAGCAAGAAGGCAUGGCGGUGGUGAGUCGGAUUGAAAUUGAAGGCGGACAGGGGGAAUUGGCUACUCAGGUGAGUGGGUUUGGAGCCAAUGAGGGGGUUUUUUCGUUUGAAGGAGCGGGUGAGUUUCAGGGGUUUUCUUCUGCUUCGGCUUCGGUUGGGGAUGAAAGCCGGAGCGAGAACGAGGAGGAGGUGGAAAGGCUGAUAGACAGGACUAUCAAUGCCACUAUUUUGCUUGCGGCGGGUACUUUUGCCAUCACCAAGCUUCUCACCAUUGAUAGGGAUUACUGGCAAGGAUGGACACUUUAUGAGAUACUAAGAUAUGCACCGCAGCACAAUUGGUCUGCUUAUGAGGGAGCUCUCAAGACAAAUCCAGUUUUUGCCAAAAUGGUGAUCAGUGGUGUGGUAUACUCUAUAGGGGACUGGAUUGCACAGUGCUUUGAAGGAAAACCCCUUUUUGAAUUUGAUCGUGCACGAAUGUUCAGAUCGGGUCUUGUUGGUUUCACUCUACACGGCUCUCUUUCUCAUUACUAUUAUCAGUUUUGUGAGGAGCUAUUUCCAUUUCAAGACUGGUGGGUAGUUCCUGCCAAAGUUGCCUUCGACCAAACUGCAUGGGCAGCCAUUUGGAACAGCAUUUAUUAUGCCGUUGUUGGAUUUCUGCGCCUUGAUUCUCCAAUCAAUGUCCUUAAAGAAUUGAAGGCAACAUUUAUUCCUAUGUUGACUGCUGGGUGGAAGCUUUGGCCAUUUGCCCAUCUCAUUACUUAUGGUGUGAUCCCAGUGGAGCAAAGACUUCUCUGGGUGGAUUGCGUAGAGCUUAUAUGGGUGACAAUACUUUCAACCUACUCAAAUGAAAAAUCGGAAGCAAGGCACUCAGAGUUACCUGCAGAAGUGAAAGCCACUGCUCCAUCUGCGAAUCCUCCGGAGGAGUAACCCAACGAACAGAGGCAGGAAUAGGGGAGAUUAGUUCAGCUCAGUGAAAACUUCGAAGAAGUAUGCAAGAUGCUGGAUCUUGAUUUGAACAAUGAUGUAAUGCAGGCGAUGGAAAAGCCCAUGAUAUGUGUGUAUAUAUUGCAUAUUUUGGAAACUCAUGGAUGUCGUGCAACAUCAAUUUCUCUGGAAGCGUUACAAAAGUGUAAUUCCUGAUAUUCUUGAUAAUAACUUUUAGGGGAAAUUACACGUGGUAAAUAUCUUCCCGACACCCCCCCAACAACUAUAAAAUAAUAAUAAUUAAAAGUUGCUACUGA